UUCUUAGAUGUGGAUUGUGUUGCACUUGGAGAUACAUUUGACCAAGUCAUUCUCCCUCACGAUGUUGCCACGUAUGGAGGUUUGUGUGCGCUUGCCACAUAUGAUCGAUCUGAAAUUCAGCAACGAGUCUUUGAAAACGACCACACAUGGAGAGCCUUAGGACUAGCACCGGAAAUAAGAAAGAUUAUCGAGGAUUUCCAUAGAGGCCGCUAUGCUGCGUGUCUGGAGCAUCUUGAAACUAUCAAGAAAGCUCUACUGUUGGAUAUGUACGUUUCCCGACAUGUCGAGUGGCUGCUUGGUCAGAUUCGUGAGAAGGCUCUCCUGGAAUACGCACGACCGUUUGCAUCUCUCCGUAUGUCCACCAUGGCAAGUCAAUUCAGAAGCAGCGUCCCUGACCUAGAGGAGGAGCUCAUGGCCUUGAACAAGAAAAACAAGCUAGAGGCGUGCAUUGAUUCUCAGACUAAAGUACUUUACAAGAAUGCACAUUUCCAGCCCAAGAAAUGAUGGUAAAGACUCAACCUAGCUCCGUUAAGAUGACUGAGCGGCUAG